AGUUUUUUUUUACUUUGUAUGUGAUUUUUAACGCUAAACAUCUUUAAUUUUGUAAUUAAAAUUUAUUAAAAUAAUGAAAAUUACAAAUUAAUAAAAUACUUAUUAUUACGAAUCUAACAAAACCCAGGUCAAAGAUUGGUUAAAGCAAGCAAUUAAAUCAAACCCAGAUCAGAUCAUAUAAUAUCAUAUUCAAAUCAUAUCAGAUAAGCAAAAAUAAGAUCAAUUAAACCAUCCCUAAGUAUAUGUACCUCUGUUCAAUGUUAAAAAAUAAAUAAAAAAAUAAAAAAUAAAUUACUCGAAUUAUUUCUAAUAACUUAAUUAUAAAAUAAUUAUUUUAAAAAAAAGAAGUAAUUGAUUAAAACAUAGAGAGAGAAAGUACGUUGACACUUAUAGAAAGUGGACCACUGUCCACUAACCCAUUAUAACCAUUACAAACAGUUUUCUCUCUCUCCUUUUCCCCCCUCAACCUUUAUAACCGCACAACACACGUUCUCCUCCUCCUCCUCCUCCUCCUUCUUCUUCAUGCAGUUUUACUUUCUCUCUCUUCUUUCUCUGAUUCUCUGCAAAUCUCAACCCUAACUUCAUUCUCUGACAAACAUCAACAACAACAAACUACUCAAAACUGCCAUUGCCAAAUUCAAAAAUGAAGCGAAAAAGUACUCUACAAUCUACUGAUACUGCUAUUGUUGCUGAUUCUGCUGCUGAAUUUUUGGCGAAGAAUGUUCGAUCGAAGAUUCCACGUCGUAAACGAGCUCACAUUUCUCCAGUUCUCAUCAUUUCAAAUGCUGCUGAUUCUCUUAAGCUUAAUCGCAAUUUCUCCUUUAAUUCUACUUGUGAUGAGGUUUCCUGCAAUACGACGCUUGAAUCGGUUGUUUUACCUCCAAACGGUGCGUUUCAGGCUGGAAAUGAAGUGAUUCCGAAACCGUUGAAGAAGGAAGUUGCUGAGGUUUCUGUGUCGGAGAAUUCCUGUGUUGAAUCAUGCUCUGUUGUUGCGGAGUCGAAGCGAAAUGGCGUCGCUCCGACGGAGUCCACGGCGGCGGUGGAUUCUCCGGCGAAUACGACGGUGACUGUUGAGCAGAGGAAUGUGAAGCAUUAUUCCUGUGAUUCUGGUGAUUUUCUGAUUGGAUCAAUUGGCUCUGAUUUGGCUUGCUCUGAGCAAUUUUCAUAUGAUGAUUACGAAGUUUCUUCGGCAACGAACUUCUCCGAGCUAGAAUCGGAGAUUCAUUCCGGAAAUGGCGAAUCAGAGUUUGAUAUUUUCACUGAUGAAUAUACUCCUUCAUUGUGGUUGAAUUCCGGCAGCCAAUUCUCUGAGAAAUCCGGUGAUGAUUCGUCUUCUCCUUGUUUCUCCCUCUUCAAAGAGUAUUACAAGCAAUUCUUACAAAUGAGCUCUGAUUCUCCUGAUUGCGAAGUUACUUCUCUCUUCGAUGAUCAAUAUUCUGAUGAACUUGCUUACUGGAAAUUUGAAGUUGAGGAAGAUGAAGAGAGCUACAGAAUGUUGAGAAGUAGAGAGAGAAAUCAAGCGGUGAAAGCGAAAGACUACGUUGAAGAGUAUGAUUUUGCGACUGAUUUCGGAGAAUUAAUCGUUGAGCAACGAUUAUUGAUGGUUAAUUGGAUUAUCGAGCUACCUAAAAAAAAGGAUCUCCAGAAUGAAACCUUGUUUCUUGGUGUGCGCCUCCUUGAUAGAUUUUUGAGCAAAGGUUUUUUCACAAGUAGGAAGAACCUACAACUACUUGGCAUAGCAUGCUUCACCUUAGCAAUCAGAAUUGAAGAAAAUCAGCCUUACAACAGUGUUCGGCAAAGGUCUUUCUAUGUGGGAAGCAAUGUGUACAGCAGAUAUGAAGUAGUGGCCAUGGAAUGGGUAGUGCAAGAGGUCCUUAAAUUUCACUGCUUCUCGCCAACAAUCUACAACUUCCUGUGGUUUUAUCUUAAAGCUGUGACUGCUGAUGAAGGAAUGCAAAGAAAAGCCAAGUACUUGGCAGGUCUGUCAUUGCUUGAUCAUAGUCAUCUCAGAUAUUGGCCCUCAACUGUGGCAGCAGCAGCAGUUAUCCUCGUCUCCCUGGCAGCAAAUCGAGAUGAAUUCAGCCUUAGGGUCAUGGAGGCUCAUGUUAGAACAAAAGUUGAUGAUCUACCUGAUUGCAUUAAGAGCUUGGAAUGGUUGGCUAAGUAUGCUUGGUAAAGGUUAACUUUAUUCCUGAUCAGAGUUUGUGGCCAUAAUACUUGUUAACACAGCACAUAGAAGCUAAAGAUCCAAUAUUCGUCUAGUAUAUAAGAAUUCCUACACUGUUUCUGUACCCAAUUUUUUGUGAAGUGUACAUUCACCUCAUAAGAUUGAACAGGAAAAAGUCCUUCAAAAUUCAUUCUGGGAUCGCCUGCAUAUACCCUCAGCAUCAAAGUCCAGCCUAAGAGUUCAGCUAAGGUAACUCACAUGUAUUGUUGGCGACACAAAGCUUUGUGCUCAUAACAGGAACUCGUCUACAACACUAUUCUUUAUGUUGAUAAUUUUUUGCAAAUUGUAUAGACUAUAGUGAUAAUGUGUCAUUGUAGGAAGUUAUAAUACAGCAAGCUAAGUUUGCAUAGGGUCGACGGCAUGAACGUUAUUGAUUUGGUUUGGCUUUUUUGCCAAAGGCAUGAAGCAUUGAUCAUUAGUCUUUAUAGAAUCCAUAUUUUGAACAGUUGGGUUCAAUUUGCUAUUACAUCAAUCUAAUGAGAAAAAUGG